UGUUUGAGUGGAGUCGAAAUUGGGAAAAUUAUAGAACUAUGCUAACAUAUUCUUGUCUCAUUUUAACAGGAAUAUUCAAGAUAAAGCUGUAGCAUUUUCCAGCAAGGAUCAAUGGUCAAAAUCUUUCUUUUUAAAAAGAGAUAUACAAGUUAAAGAUGAAAGGAAAAUGCUGGAAUGGUUUGGAUGCUAACUGACAGGGUAAAGGAUACGAUAUUUCACAGUUACUUGUAAUGGAACCUGUGUAAAAUUCAUCACAUCUCAUGCACCCAACUGGGAACAUGGAUGUUGGUUUUUCUCGUUCUGCUGUUCAGACACUGUCAAGAAGCCACUGCAAAAACAUCAAACAAAAAAUUUCUCACUGGGAAGGAAGGACAAAUGGUGUAUCUAAUCCAAAGGAGUUUGGAGUGAGAUAUAACUGUCACCAGGAGAGUCUUCCCAAGAAAAAACUUGUUGCUGAGGAAAAGAGUAAAAAUUUGGAUGUAACCAACUCUCAAAAUGUGGGGUCAGAUCUCAAGGAAGAUGCCAAAAGCCGCAAUCAAAGUGAGGGUGAAAGUGAGAAACGGAACUCUAAUGAUACAUGUUUCUUUGAAAAUGAACCGGAAACCAAAUGGGUGUGCUCUCGGGUCAAACAAAUUGAAAGCUGGAAAGAAGCUGUUUUGGACCCAGAGACUUCAUUACCUCCAGGAAACUUGUAUACCUCACAAAUAUUGUGGAAGAAAAUAGAAGCACUUCCCUCAGAUAAAGUCUUAAACCUGGCUUUAGAAUGUUGUGACUCUUCAGAAAAAGAACUGAAUUUUGGAGCUCUGGAUAGUUCAUAUGGAAUAACCAAGAGCUUAGAAAAUAUUUACUCUGAACCUGAGGGGCAAGAAUGUGGACCUUCUAUAAAUCCUUUGCCAAAACCUCGUAGGACAUUCAGAUAUUUAUCUGAAUCUGGUGUUAUGCCAUGUAAAGAAAGAAACUGUGACAGAAAAUACUGUGAAAAUAAUUCUUGUGCAGGAUCUUCUUUUGCCCCUUCUCAGGAACCCGAACCAAAGAAAUAUGAUGGAAAAAUCAGAGGGAGAUCUAAAAGGAAAUCCUUUGAAUUUGAGGAUAUUCAGCACUUUCGAAAUCGGAACGCACAGAAGAUUCAUGAAGAACUUGGAAGAAAUUCUGGUUCAGCACUUUAUUACACACAGUCUGAGGACAAUAUCUAUGAGGAUAUCAUGUAUCCCGCCAAAGAAAAUCCAUAUGAAGAUAUUCCAAUACAGCCUUUACCCAUGUGGAGAUCCCCUUCAGCAUGGAAGCUACCACCCCCUAAAAGUGCUUUCAAAACACCUAAGCUUCCUCCCAAACCUCAAUUCCUUCUCCGGAAAACGAUGGAACUGAAGAACUCCCAAGCCUAUUUACGCUCAAAGCUCACAAAGGAUGCCUCUCUGCCCGUCACUUUAACUGAAUGGAAGCUAUUCCGAGCUGGAGAAGUUGCAAACAGGAAAAGGAAAAAUCUUCCAAGGUUUGUGUUGAAAAUAGAUGACAUAUUUGAAUCUAAGAGAGGAAAGAAGAGGGUAAAGUUACACCCUUACACUGGAAAAGAGGUACCUCCCUCAAAAGGUGAAACCAGUGGGAACGAAAGUGAUGCCGAGUACCUGCCAAAGAAUCGCCACAAGCGCUUAGCACAACUGCAGCAAGCUUCCAAGAGGAAUCCUCACUACCAGACCUUGGAGCGGGACCUUAUUGAAUUACAGGAGCAGCAGCUGUUUGAACUUUUUGUGGUAGUGUCUCUACAGAAGAACCCAUCAGAAAAAAGUUAUAUUCCCCAGGUCAUACAACAAUUCCCUAGCAAGGGUGAUCAUGGUUUUAAGCAGUCCAAAGAUACUGAGGAGAGGCUCAAAGUUAUCCCAAAAUUUUGUUUUCCUGAUUCAAAGGACUGGAUACCAACCUCAGAACUUGAGAGUGAAACUUUCUCCUUUGUCUUGACUGGUGAAGAUGGGAGCCGGUGGUUUGGUUACUGUAAGAAGCUCUUGCCAGAAGGCAAAGGAAAGCGACUCCCUGAGGUAUACUGCGUGGUUAGUCGCCUAGGCUGCUUCAACCUUUUUUCAAAGAUUCUGGAUGAAGUAGAGAAGAGAAGAGAAAUGUCUCCAGCCCUAGUUUACCCAUUCAUGCGAAGUGUCAUGGAAGCUCCUUUCCCAGCUCCUGGACGCACCAUCACAGUUAAGAGCUACCUCCCUGGGGCUGGAGAUGGGUUGAUAGAACUCUGCCGACCACUGGACUCCCGAUUGGAACAUGUUGAUUUUGAAUGUCUCUUUAAGUGCCUAAGUGUGUGCCAUCUCAUCCGGGUCUGUGCCUCUCUCCUUUUGGAGCGGAGAGUAAUCUUUGUUGCCAACAGCCUAAGCACCUUGUCGAAAUGUGGUCAUGCCGUGGUAGCCACGCUGUAUCCAUUCACAUGGCAGCAUACCUACAUCCCAGUCCUGCCAGCAUCUAUGAUCGACAUUGUGUGCUCACCUACUCCAUUCCUAAUUGGAAUCCUGUCUUGCUCCUUACCACAGCUUCAGGACCUACCCAUUGAAGAGGUGCUGAUAGUUGAUCUCUGUGCAGACAAGUUCUUACAGGAGGUAUCUGAUGAGGAUGAAAUUCUACCACCUAAACUCCAGGCUGCCCUGAUGCAGAUUUUGGAAGAACGAAAUGAAAUCUUGUCUCAGGAGCAGAAUUUUUCACGUGAUGUGACACUCAACUCUGUGGUGUCGGAAGCAUUUGUCAAGUUUUUUGUAGAGCUGGUGGGACAUUAUUCUUUGAGCAUGACUGUUACUGAGCGUGGAGAGCGUGUAUUUCAAAGGGAGCCAUUCCGUAAGUCCCAUACCUCCCGAAGCGUCCGCCACUUCCUGGAUCUCUUCAUGGAGACUCAGAUGUUUGCAGGAUUCAUCCAGGACCGAGAGCUUCGGAAAAGUGGGGUGAAAGGUUUGUUUGAGGUCCGGGCCCUUCAGUAUUUGGAAACAAUUCCUGAGUCUGAACCAAGUGGGGUGAACAGAAUUUUGCGGAGUCUUGGGAGUAAAAUGAAAUUUCUCCAGAAGAAAUGAAAUCUUUGAUUGACUGUCUCUAUCUUAACUAGAAGGGAAUGUGCCAAAGAAAAUAUUUUCCCAAGAGUCAGAUGCCUUGAGGUAUUCUGCAAACUCCUUGCAAGUUUAAAAGGUUUCAGAGUGAGGCCUGCCUUCAGAGGAGGACUCUCCUGUUGCUGCUGUGGUAAUCACUGGAGAAUUGUUGGCGGUAAUCUGGAACCAAUGCUCUCUUCAGUCUGCCUCCAAUUUUUUUUUUUUAAGUGGGCUUUUUACUUGAUAUUUGGACUCAUCGUUUUGUGCUUAGUUUAGGAAGGCACUUGUCUUUUGCAGGGGACAGACUUGUUGGUUUUGCAUUUAAAAAACAGCUCAAAGAUUAACAUAACAAGGGAAAUGCCGAGAUUAGGGUACUAGAAAAGCAUGAUGGAAGUGGAGAACACUAGCGCUACACAUAUAAUUCUCAUCACCGAAAUAUCAUGGCAGCUUUAACCCCAUGGACUCUUUGAGCUGGGCUAAGUAAUAUAAUCAUAUGCCUCCUGUUUUUUGAUUUUUUGUCUCAUGUUCUAUCUAGGAGAAUCCCACUUAGGUAGAAAUCCUUUUUGUUAGGACUGGUAUUGCUUCAUAAAUAUAGAUGUCUUGGAGCUCCUCCUUCACAAUAUGUUGCACUUGGGUAGCUUGUCCCUCAUGUGUCAACAUUAAACUUUGUGGAAUUAUAGUUGCUAGGAAAAUGUCCUUUCAAGGGCAUGGGAACUACCAUUUUUUUUUAAUUAUCCAUCAUGUGCUGUGUACUAUGCUACAUGUAUGUAUGUCAUCUUAUUCAAUCCUUACAUCAAUUUUUAUGAGAUAGAUAUUUGCAUCUCCAUUUUACUAGUGAAGAAACUGGAAUUCAAAGAGGUGAAAUAACUUGCCCAAAGUUACACAAAAGAGCCCAUAUUGACGCCCAGGACUAUUAUUUUAUGUACGCAGAGCAAGUUGGUUAGUACUGCAGAUGAAAAUUUGCGCUCUGUGGGAUUUCAGUAUUUAAAAAGUUUCCUAUUAAGCUGAAGCAUACCAGGGCCACCUCCCAGCUCUGAGGAUGAGGGACUUUAAAUUAUAGUACCUGAGAUAAGACUCUUUUUUUAGCUCCUCAUGAAUUGUUGGACUUUUUGCCCUAAUUAAAUUGAACUCAGAAUUAUGAACUUUCCUGGGCUCCCUCCACUUAACCACCCAAAUCCUUAAUUUCUAAACUAGUAUUAAUCAUUGGAAAGAGGAAUUUGUUAAUGAGAGGCAGUUUUCACUGUUAUAGCAGUUAUAGCAGAUGUCAGUCUGUUUUCUUCAAACCCUGCUAAUGGUUUUAACUGGCAUAAAAAGUAUUCAGACUUAACAAAACCUUAAAAGUUGUGUUGUGCUACAAUUUAUUGACUUGUACAGUAUUGUCUUAACAACACAUUCAGGUGUGCAUGCAUGAAUCUGAAGCCGACACCAUGUAAAGAACGGUGCUGUGUAAUAUAAUUCCUAUAGAUGUGGGUCCAGGGAAUAGAACUGAGCUCAUGUCUUAUUAAAAAUGUUUAUUAAGCAGCUUACCCCAGUGGGGCUUUUACCAGACAUCUCCUCGUUUGAUUUUUUCUAACACUGAAACCCUGAGGGAACAAGCAAGCAGUAAUUGGGAAUUGAGUGUUUAUAAAAUGGGAGUAAGAGGGAUUACUGUGGUGCAUUCCUUACCAUCCCUCUAUGAGGAGAUCUUUGCUUCAGGAUGGGGGACUUUAUCCCUGCAAUUUGAAGCUGCUCCCCUAGGUCUAUUAUAUUUUGUUUUUGUAAAGUGUUACAUAUUCUGGACAUGUUUGUAAAAGAAUUGCUCAAGAUUUGUAUAAAAUGUUUACAGAUCUUUAAAAGAAUAAACACACAAAAAUCCCACAGACGUCUGGACAAUUUUAAAUAAAAUUAAGAUUUAGAGAUCUUAUUUUAAAAAAAAUUGCAUCAAUUCCAAUUCAUGGAGACCACAUGUGUUACAAAGUAGAAGUGCUCCAUAGGGUUUUCUUGGCUUUAAUCUUAAGAACAGCAGAUCAUCCCCAGGCCUUUCUUCCAUGAUGUGCUGGUUGGGUUUGAACUGACAAGCGUUAGAUUACUGGUUGAGCCACCUAGGGACUUAGAGAUCUUAUCCUUCACUUAAAUCCAUGGGUAGCACAUUUAUCUAAAUAAUGGUAAAUUAGAAAGCUAAUCAAGGAGCCUUGGUGGUGCAGUGGUUAAGAGCUCAACUGCUAACCAAAAGGUUGGUGAUCUGGGUCCACUAGCCACUCAGUGGGAGAAAGAUACGGCAAUCUGCUUCCGUAUAGAUUACCAAAAACCAAGCCAAAUCUGUUGCCGUUGAGUAGAUUCCAACUCUUGGGGCCCUAUGGGACAGAGUAGAACUGCCCCAUAGGGUUCCCAAGGAGCAGCUGGUGGAUUGGAACUGCUGACCUUUUGGUGGGCAGCCAAGCUCUUAACGAUUGCACCAAGUGCUCCUCUGUAUAGAUUAAACCUCCUCCCCUCCAAAAAAAUGGCCUUGGAAAUCCUAUGGGGCAGUUCUGCUCUGUCCUAUAGGGUCGGUAUGAGUUGGAAUCCACUGGUCAGCACACAACAGAAAGCUAAUCCAAAUCAAUUUUAUACCAACCAGGCUUAAUAACUGUGGUCAACAUUUCCAGGCUCUUGGCUGACAAAGCCUGGAUUAGACUGUACACUGUGUAGGGUCUUUGCUUCAUCAAAGGAGGCUGAGAGCUACGUACCACACAGGGCACUGCAGUGCACCGGGCUGGUUGGGAGGCAAUGAGGAGUGCGUUUCUAUUACCAGAAGUCCUAGAGGCAAAAUGACUGGGUUUUGUAUACGCCCUAAAAGCAAAAUGACAGGAUUGUUCAAAGUGCGGUUGAUGAGCGGUUAUCAGUUUCGCGGUGGGCAGAUAUGAUUCUUUUUGUUACGCAGACCCCAAGUUUCACAGUUUUAACUGAAGACUGGCAUACACUUCUUGUGUCUGUGAAAGAACUGUACUACCCAAUGCAGAUAUUCUCAGGACGCCUAAAGCGAAGGAUAGUGGGGUGCUGCAAAGAAGUUCAAGAGGAGGAAAGGCUACCACAGGGGGAGAGAAGGCUCAGGGGAGAAGAAAGGUUAGGGGAGUAAGCCAAUUUGGUAAACUAGUUUCUCUCCCCGCCAAACCCUGCAGCCAGUUGCCGCAAAAAGUUUUAAAGGCCUCCCCUCCCGCAUUUUAGUUUUUAAAUAAAGGAAACUUUCGUCUUCACCAAACCGCUUCCAGUCGGAGGCAGAAAAAAAAAGAGCAAGAGGGAGACAAACAACCGAGACCUUCCGCUGACGCUAGGGAAUCCGGACGUGACGUCACGGCCCACCAAAAUAAAAGGGCCCGGCUCUUCUAAGGGGCGGGGCGAGCGCGCCUUUCGAAUUGGCGAUUGAGUAAGUGCUGAGGCCCAGGCGCAGGCGAUACGGACGACGUCCGAGGUAGGCGCAGGCGUAGUUGAGAGUACUCGAGUUUGCGCAGACUCAGAAAACUCAGUCGGACCUGAGGUACCCGGAAUGGCGGGCACAGGAUUGGUCGCCGGAGAGGCUGUGGUGGAUGCGCUGCCCUAUUUUGAUCAAGGUUACGAAGCGCCUGGUGUGCGGGAAGCGGUGAGUGAGGGGUGUCUGUAGCUGACUCGGCGCUUGCUAGAUUUCACAAUGCUGGAAGAUACACGUGACAGUUUGCCGCCCCUACCCUGGCCCCCGUUCUCGUUCUCAGGCUGCGGCUCUGGUGGAGGAGGAAACUCGGAGAUACCGACCUACAAAGAACUACCUGAGCUACCUGACAGCCCCGGAUUAUUCUGCUUUUGAA